UGUCAUAUAAGCGGUUCCUAUGUCUACGCGCAAAAGCAUGAAUGAUGACCUACCCAAGCAACCGAUUUAUUGCGAGGCGACACGCAAGCAAACAAUCCUUUUCCGUAUUUUUUUCUGCUUGUCUAUUUUUGAGUUCUUUUUCCGCAUUAACUACACUAAUAUCUGAAGUUCUGCAAAAGAUAGUGCGAAAUCUGCGAGAUGUCUUUUGAGCAAGAUAAACGCUCCCUUUACGAACGGCGUCGAAACAUUCUUUACUUGAUGGCUAAUUAUCUAUCCAUUAUGGGCCUAGAACAAUCCCGCCAGACUUUGAUAGAUGAAACGCAUUUGACGGAUGAAUUCCAAGUUUGUGACAACAUUGAUCUGGACACAAUCUACCAGGAAUACUGCAGCUACUAUCAGCUCAAGUUCGGUAAACAACCGCAUGUAGUGAAGAAAAAUGAAACCUACACGAUGCAGCCACCACCUGCACAGCCUCAGCGAAAACCGUCGGGAAACAGAAGACGGGUGCAACCGACGGUGAAACCACUACCUAUGGUACCGUGCCGUGUGGAACCGGAAGCUGAUAGAGAAGUUAGAGAGCUGGGAAGCAAAAUGACCGUGUCACAGCUAGCUAUCCCACGUUUAGCGCAACAAAAUAAUAUUAUCGAACCUACUGCCAAAGCCGUAAAGCCGGUCGAGAAUGGCCACUCCAGUGCCGUAAAAUACAACGUGAGACCACUAAUUAGGUUACAUGAGAAUUACUCAAGCGAAUGGAAAGAUUUCGCGGAUAUUGUUUGCAGAGAUCUUAUGAAAAAGGACCUUCACCACCGUUGGAGCCAGGUCAAGGGUUUGGAUACAGCUAUUAAGCUAUUAAAAGAAAGCGUCGUCACUCCGCUUCAGUAUCCUCAGCUUUUUGUAGGACUCACUAGACCGUGGCGAUGUGUAUUACUGCAUGGUCCACCUGGAACCGGAAAAACCCUACUGGCACGAACUCUCUGUUCGGAGACACAAGAAUCAAUAACGUUUUUCAAUGCCACUUCAGCCACACUCAUAUCCAAGUGGCGCGGGGAGUCCGAGAAACUUAUCCGAGUGCUGUACGACGUGGCACGUUUCUAUGCCCCCUCUAUUAUUUUUAUCGACGAAUUCGACGGUCUAGCAUCCAGGAGGGAUUCUGCCGGAGAGCAUGAAGCUUCCAAGAGAUUUAAAAAUGAGUUUCUAACACUAGUGGACGGGCUCGACAGUGGAGCGGAUGACGAAAGGGUAUUCCUAUUGGCCAGCACCAACUUGCCGUGGGAAAUUGAUCCGGCCUUUCUUAGGCGAUUCGAGAAGAAGAUACUGGUCGACGUCCCGUGUGCUGAAGGAAGAAAAGCAAUCAUCAACGACUUGUUACCAGUUUCGAACGAGUGGAACGCGGAGCAACUCGAUGAACUGGUCGAGAUGACGGAUAAUUUUACUGGUGAUGAAAUUAGAAUCGCAUGCAAAGAAGCAUCUAUGAUGCUGAUCAGAAAUAAAAUUGAAGACAGUGCUGGUUCAUCACCAGCAUGCUCAUCCGCCGACCCCGAUACAGUACAAUUUGAUCAGCUGAAAACGGCCCUCGAACAAAUCAAACCAGCUUCAUACGAUUUGAUCCAUAAGCACCGUGAGUGGAACCGCAAAUACGGAAACCAUUCCUAAGGGCAACACAUUUCCCAUGCAACCAAAAUAAAUUAUUUCAUGUCUAGUUUUCUUUAUUUAACUUUUGAAACAUAGGGCGAUUUAUUCAAAAAAGGCUCAAUUCAAAUUCA